ACAGUAUAAAAACUCUCACUGGGUAACAACAAGACACUUGCUCUUUCUGCAGGAGUUAAGGUCUGUUUCAACCAUGUUGGUUUUCUCUUGGUCUCUUGUGACUCUGCUGCUGGUGGCCUCUUCCUGGGCCAAGGAAGAGGUUUCUACCACUGAGGAGGACACAUCCAGGGAGCUUUCUGUUGGUGAGCUGCUGGAAAGAGCCAACAGAGCUCGAACCCCUGACUUUGAUGAACCCGCCCUGAUCGGAGGAGACAUUGCUAUCAAGUCGGAGGCCGACAGAAACGCUGACCCCUGCACCUCCAGAGGUUGCCUGUGGCAAAAGUGGAGUGACGGGAAAGUCUACAUUCCCUACUUCAUUGCCAACCACUACUCCUCUCGUGAGAUUUCCAUCAUCACUCGUGGACUGGAGUCUUUCUCUGCCGUUUCCUGCAUCCGUUUCAGACCCUACCAGAAUGGUGAUUAUGAGUGGCUGAGCAUCGAGUCCAGGAGCGGCUGCUAUUCAUAUGUGGGUCGUCAGGGUGGUGGUCAGACUGUGUCUCUGGACCGUCAGGGGUGUCUAUACCACAGCACCGUCCAGCAUGAGCUGCUCCAUGCCCUGGGCUUCAACCAUGAACAGACCCGCUCUGACAGGGACAACCACAUCAGGGUGUACUGGGAAAACAUCAUUGAUGGCAUGGCAUACAACUUCGAUAAGAUUAACACUCUGAACCAGGGAACUCCUUAUGACUACAACUCUGUCAUGCAGUAUGAGAGGUAUGCCUUCUCCAAGAACAACCGUCCCACUAUGGUGCCCAUUCCUGACAGCAAUGUAUCAUUUGGCCAGGCAACCCAGAUGAGCAGGAAUGACAUUGAUAGGCUUAACAGGCUGUACAAUUGCUAAACUGCACUUGACCCUGAUGACUUCAGAGCAAGGGAAUAAGAUGAGGAUUUUGAGUGAAUAGCAGUUUGGUUUGUCCUGUAAAAAUAAAUUUGAACCUUUCAAAGCAUUAAAAGCUGA